UGCCACGCCUGGAUAGAAAUGUUCUUUUCGCUUUCGUUCACUGCACAGCAAGCAUAAAUGCAUAAGUUUUAUAAGUCAGUUUAGUGGACUCACUAAGUGUUUCUGAAGAGCUGCAUCCAAACCUGAUGCAAACGUCUCCCGAGUCCUGUGUUCUCGAGAAAUCUUGAGGAAUGGACGUUUAUUUUCAAAAUAACGAAGUUCGAAGUAUAACGAUUAACUGCUCCACAAACGACUUCCUCCAGCUCCAGUUGAGUUUGAAACGAGAACGAAUAAAGAAAAUCACAGAUUAACUUUCAUUCCAAGGAGAGGGUCUUUUGCAAUCAUACUCAAUGAUAUUUCGAAAGUUCUUCUUCCUUCCUGAGGAAUCCCCUACUUUGAAAAGUUACCUCAGUUCUCCGGUGCAUCUGCUGUUUUACAUUACGUGGCUGGCAGUUGUCCCUUCAAUGUUUCUAUAUUAUUACUACUGCAGAGCGGCAACGCCGCUUUCUUUCGUAAAGAUCCAUACCAACAAAUCUAUGAGAGUUGGUAUUUCCAAUUCCGUAACAAGAUUUUACUCUCUAAACGUGUCCGAAUUAAAGGGGGAUGGACCCAUUCCUUACCAAAACCCUCUGAACCAGGGGAAGGGUGUCAUGGAGACGGCUGACAGAAAUGGGCAGUUCACAGACGGUGAAAACUCACAGACCGGAAAGACUUCAGUAGACCCUUCAAGAACAACGCCAUACAAAACCAAAUCAUCGAGUAAUUCGGCGUUCGACCACGUCACCGCAAGUAUUACGUUGAUACAAAGCAAGACUACAGCAUCCAAGACUACAGCUCAACAGGGAACCCACCAGAAUAGAAUAAACAAUGAACCAAGUUCCUACACUGCAAGGCCCAGCGUCUCUGCCACAUCGCAGAACGCCAAGAGCAGAAGAUUGACAAAAAAACAAGAUCAUUCUGGAAUAUCUGUGAACUGCAGCGAAGUCUGGGUGUCGUCUCAUAUCGGGGGAAGAUUAGGGAACCAAAUGUGUGAAUACGCUCAUCUUCUGACCUUGCAUCUCGACUACGGUAUUCAGGUGGGUCUCCUGUCUCCAAUGCACAAAGCCCUGUCCAAAAUAUUCCCGAAUCUUUCCGUUCGCUUGCUCCCGCAAGAAUGCUUAAAGGUAAGACAGCUGGUAUAUCCCAAUUUAUUCAAAGACCAACCGAUGAAAUCGACCCCAACUGAGUCUUGGCAAAACAUCAGCUCGUUAGUGAAGAACAAGAAGCUGGAACGCCCAAUGAUAAUAGGUGGGUUCCCUUGCAACGCCUCAGUCUUAUGGCACCGCAGAGACACCUGGCGGAGGGAGUUCACCUUCGCGCCUACAAUCACCAAACGAGCCCUGCGCCAGAUUCAAAAGACCCUCGCUAACUGGAAGGUCAGAAGAGGUACGAACAGAGGGAAGGAUCCGGUAGUUGUUGGGGUCCACGUCAGGAGGUCGGACUAUAUCUCGUAUCUCAAACGAAACACUGGCGGAAAUGUCCUUGGCCCUCGGUAUUUUCAACGAGCCUUCCAGUGGUUCAGAGACAAGUUUGGAUAUGUUGUGUUCCUAAUCGCCAGCGACGACCGAAAGUGGUGCAAACGAACUUUACCCAAUGCCACCAGCCAAGACGUCAUCGUCACUCCUGCAGGAUCAGCCACGGGUGACCUGGCUCUGCUCUCCCUCUCUACGCAUUUAGUCAUGUCCCUCGGCACCUAUGGCUUCUGGGCGGGCGCCCUCUCCCACGGGCUGGUUGCCUUCCCUUUGAACGUCGGCGGGAGGAGUGAAUACUUCAUGACCAAGAACUUGAGGUCUAUCAACUCCACCGAAUUAAUUCCUUUACGAUUAUGAAAUUUGUUGCAAUAUUUUUCGUCUAGGACUUCCAUGAUCGAACCUCUUUUUCUAAGCCUACCUUCCAGGAACAAAUCUUAAUUAUGGAUUUUGAAUAGGACUGUGAUAACCCUUUUUCUAUAUAGCACUAAAAUGGAUAGACAACUGAAAAAUGUGUACCUGCAAUGCAAGGAAAAAUCCCAGUCUCUUAACUCUUUAACAUAUGGAUUUUUUUUUUUAGCUUGAGACGUCAUAUCAUAUGACUUUAUUUUAAUACUUUCAGUCAAAUUUAUUCACCUUCGUAAGUUUAACGCACUGCCUAUAAUUUGAAAGCAUAUAUCAGUGGUGAUGACAUUACAACUAUUUUUAUCUGAACAUGAAUGACUUGAGCCUUUACUGAGCGACUAUUACCACGUUCCCAAUAAUGUGAUAACGCGCAUGACAGAGCAAAAGGACCAAAUGGCUUCACGUUUUAGUGAUUCAAACUUAAUACUUUGUAAUAUUCUACAAACUGGGCUUUAAUUUUUCAAGCCUGAGAAGAGACAGUACCUGAAAAGUUAUUAACUCUUUGUCUAUAUUUCCAAAAACGACUAAAACGGACUUUUGUAACCAUAUUGUACGUGUAUACUUUAACCUUUGCAACAUUUUUUUAUGUUAAAGAUUGCCUCUUAUCAUUCUGGUCUUUGAAAAAAUUACCUUACCAAGUUUUUCAUCCACGCCAUUCAACUUACAAAUUCAAAAUCAUUUUGUGAGUACAUAAAUACGUAACAGUUCCAAGUCAAGGAAAAAUGACGCUUUUCCUUUAUUUGAAUUAUAAUUUCUACAAAGUAACAUUGAUGUUGGCUUCUCACAUUUGUACAAUUAACUUCACGCAGGAAAUAUUUGAUGUAUUUAUGGUCUGGCAUGAACAUGCCUAACUUUGAUGAGGUAUGGAAUGCGUUCAUAUUUUGUAACUGUGUACAGUAUUUUGCAAAUAUGCAAUUUAUUUUUUUAUAAUAAAUAUAUUCAUACAG